AUGCUCCGCCUCAUGCUGACAAAUGCUUUCGGUAUCUUGUCAAAACUUGGGGAGUUCCAAGCUUCUCUCAAUGCCCACAACCCAGACAUUGUCAUCGUCACGGAGACAAAAAUCACGGAGGACAAGGCCACGCCUGCUGACCUCACAUUCCCUGGAUACUUCCCACCAGUUCGAAGGGACCGUACGGCCCAGGGGGGCGGUGUUGCUAUCUGGAUUCGGGCCGACCUGGCUUUCACAGAACUAGAAUGUAUUGAUACUGGUGGAAAUGAAAUCCUGUGGGUUCGCCUCAAGACAGCAGCUGGCCCAUCCAUUGGAGUAUGUGCUGUGUAUCGCUCAGGUUCAUCCGCUUAUGGAGACAUCUCUGCCCUAAACAGCAUCAGCUCUGGCAUAGAUGAAGCUAGGCAAUGCUGCCAGAAUAUCAUCGUUGCAGGUGACCUAAAUGUUCACAACCGGGAAUGGCUAGGCAGCAGUAGAACUUCCCCUGCUGGUGAAGCUGCUGAAGAUCUGUGUUACCACCAUUGCCUCGAUCAGCAUGUCCAUGAGCCAACACGUGGCAAUAAUAUCCUCGACCUCAUAAUGUCAGAUAUCCCUGGAAGCGUCAUCUCAACUCUCCAUCCACCUCUAGGGAAAUCUGACCACGCAGUUGUGGUAACUGACUUUGAAGUUGCCCCCUCCUGUGACCGUCCCAGUAAGCGAACCGUGUGGCGCUACCAGCAUGCUGACUGGCCUCGGCUACGGGCUUUCUUUCGGUCCACAAACUGGGUGUUGACUGAUGACAACAGCAUUGACGUCUCUUGUGUGAAACUCGAACAGAAGAUCAAGGAGGGCAUGCAGAUAUUCAUCCCAUCCAAAACCCUGAAGCUACGCCAGGGAGACCCAGCCUGGUGGUCACCUGAGUGCCAGGAAGCUGUUGACAGGAAGCAACGUGCCUGGCGACAUCACCGAUCUUCGCCCAACAAUGCACACCUGCGGCUGGCCUACUCUAUGGCAACAGGUGAAGCAACAAACUGUCUGCACAGAGCCAAGCAAGCGCACACUACCAGUAUCCGCCGAAAGAUAAGAGAAGGUGCCCUUUCCAGCCGACAAUGGUGGACAACCGUCAAGCGAGCAGGUGGGCAAGGACACCGCUCUGCAGACAUACCUGUUCUGCGUGCGUCGAACGGAACUGAGCACACCACCUGCAGCGAAAAGGCCGAAGCAUUUGGGCAGUAA